AUGGCUGUUCAUCAGUGUACCGAAUGCUAUCUCACUUUCCGAAGGCCCUCUAAGCUGAAAGAACAUUUUUAUGUCCACACAGGUGAGCGACCUUUUGCUUGCUCAUGUGGAAAGGCUUAUGCUCGGGGGCAGCAUUUGCGUCGUCAUCAGGUGUCCUGUUCUCGGCAUUUGAAUGCAUCGAAGACUCACGUGAAUGGCAACGCCGACGGUGAAAGUGUUAUCCAACCUCCUGUCAAGAAAAGCUAUUUCUGCCCAGACUGUGAGGCUGGUCCCUUUCGGCAGAAGAAGAUGGUUUGGGCCCAUGUAGCCAUCGUGCAUCGUGAACGAAGGCACGUGUGUGAACAGUGUCCUAAGGCUUUUCCGACCAAGUCGAAACUUGCUCGUCAUUCCGCCAAACAUCAUGGGUUCACUUGUUCCAAAUGUGUCUCCGCUUCCACCGUUACUAGCGACGCUGCUUCCAUAAUUGAGUCCCUCCCAAAGUUUGACACUUUCGCCGCUCUCAGACGUCAUAUUGCCCUUGUUCACCCCAAACCGAGUGAGUUAUUCCUAACCAUCACUGUGGAAGCUUAG